AUGGGAGGGCAGAGGAGCCGAGGCUCCUGGGGCCAGCCGUGCUGCCGACCAGUGCCCGCAGAACACGGCGGGUACGGCCGACGGCGGAGGAUGGUGGUGCCGCGGGUGGCAGAGCUGUCCCGGCGCUCCGAAACCCCGCGGCAGCCAUUAAAGGGGCUGAAGCAGGGGGAGAAGAGUGGCCGGGCGGAAGCAGAGGCGACGCCGGGCUCCCUUCCUGGCCCCUCACGGCUGGCACCGAAAGGUGCUGCCCUGGACGCGGUCCCACCACAGAAUCCAGCUGGUCCCGAGGUCGCGGCAGCUGCCGGUGGGGAGGACAGCCGGCACCACGGACGCCCGCCGUCGGCCACGGGGAGGGAAGACGUGGUCAGGGGGGAGCUGGGCGGCCUCCAUGGCAGCCCCCUCUACAAGUGCUUUGUCAAGGCCUGGCCACAGGUGGAGGCUUUCCAAGUCCGGCCAGCUGACCUGCUCAUCGCCACCAACCCCAAAUCGGGCACGACGUGGCUGAGCAAGAUCCUGGAUGAGAUAUACCACGACGGCGAUGUGGAGAAGUGCCAAUGGGAUGCCAUCGUCAACUGGGUGCCCUUCCUGGAAAUGAAGGCCCCCAAGAUGUCGAGAAGCAUCGAGAUGCUGGAGAAAACCCUGUCCCUGCAGCUGGUGAAGACCCAUCUCCUGGUCCAGCUCCUCCUGACCUCCUUCCAGGACAAGAACUGCAAGGUCAUCUACAUGGCCCACACCCAAGAUGUCAUCUUUUCCCACUACUACUUCUACGAGAUGGCCAAGAUGCACCCUGACCCCAGCACACUGGGUGAGUUCCUGGAGACCUUCAUGGGUGGCAAAGUGGCCUACGGGUCCUCGUAUGAGCACGUGUGGGGCUGGUGGGAGAAGAAGCAGGAGGAGCAACUCCUCUACCUCUUCUAUGAGGACAUGAAGAAGGACCCAUGGCAGGAGGUGCAGAAGAUCCAAUUUCUGGGCAAGGAGGUGGUGGAGGGGACGGUGGCAAGGAUGGUCCACCACACCUCCUUGCAGGAGAUGAAGAAGAACCCUGCUGCUGACUACGAGACCAUGCCCACUACCCUGAUGGACCACAGCCUCUCCCCCUUCCUCUGGAAAGGGAUCACUGGGGACUGGAAGAACCACUGCACCAUGGCCCAAAACAAGCAUUUUGACCAGCACUACCAGGAGCACAUGGCAGGCUCCAACCUCAACUUCCAGAUGGAGGCGUGA